AUGGCCGCAUCUAAUUCCCUAACAUUAUCGAGCGCGACCUUUGCAAAGCUCUCCCCGCAUCCAUUCCUUCUCGCAAACCUCCAGCCUUCAGAUUCGUCAACACCGUCCUCACGCACAAAUGGGCGACAACCGCGCCAGGCACGCCCAUACAGCGUCAAUACUUCAUCCCUAUCACACGCGCACGGUAGUGCUGUGGUACGCUCUGGUGACACAACCGUUAUCUGUGGUGUACGUGGCGAGACCAUUUUUACCUCUCAGAUCCCCAAUUACCGUGCCCCGCAAGCCGAUGAUACUACGAUUGGUGACGAACUGAGAGACUACGAUCUGCUAGUACCGAAUGUUGAACUAGCAACUGGUUGCGCACCCAACUUUCUGCCUGGGGUACCACCGACUACACUCGCGCAGACCCUGAGCACACGUCUUUUCUCUCUGUUACAUAGCUCGAAGCUCCUGAAUGCGGAAGAUUUGCGAAUAUACCAUGAUGGUUCCGAAAUACAAGGUGGGGGAGAUACUGAGGAAGAAGAGAUCGGUGAAAUAACAAAGGAAGUCAAGGCAUAUUGGGUACUAUACAUUGAUGUACUAUUUAUUUCCUUCGACGGUAACCCCUUCGAUGUAGCUUGGGCAGCAAUAAUAGCUGCUCUACGAGAUACAAAGCUCCCUUACGCAUAUUGGGAUGUCGAUCGCGAGUUGGUGCUAUGCACUCGGCCAACUGAAAAGAAACCAAUCCCGUUAAGCAUACGCGGGCUACCAGUAGCUUGCACAGCGGCCGUAUUUACAGCAAGGGAGAGGCAGAAGAAAGGGAGCGGACAGUACUGGAUCCUGGUGGACCCGGACAGGUUGGAGGAAAGCUUGUGCGAUGAGACCGUGACGAUGGUGGUUGAUAAUACUGAGGGAGAAGCAAAGGUCUUGACGAUAUCUAAGAGUGGUGGAACAGUUGUUGGUCCUGCUCUCAUGAGAGAGUUUGCUACUGUAGCUGCAACACGGUGGAAAGAGUUCCGUGCUGUCUUACAAUAG